AUGCGGCCUGUUUGCAACCGAUGUCAGAUUCGAGGGUUGGCAUCGACCUGUUUCUAUCAUCCAGCUCCAUUGACAAAGCCACACGCGUUGGGUGCCGUGCCCGAAGCGCAGGUAGGCCUUGUGGAUCUCGGCCAAAUUGCUACCGAGACCACAGAAAACUGCCCUCCUCCCUUCAACAAUCGAUAUACCCAACACCGAACCUCAUUUCCGUGGCCAUCGGUAACCUCUGAUGCCCAUGAUCCAGGAUUUCGGCUGCCCGGACUAGGAGCAAGCCCAGCAGCUAUUCAUGCCGAGCAUGUUGCCGUUACAGUAGAGAUGCUGGUUCAACUUCAGCAUCUCGACAUGGUAGAGAAACUGCUCAACGAGUACUAUGCUCAUAGCCAUGCGAUCCUGGUACCUGGAGCACUUUUGUUGCCAGCUUUUUCAGCACUUCGUACGCGCGGAGUCGCCAUACCGCCGUCACCAUCCGGCAUGGUCGAAUCUGAAGACAGGAUUCUGGAGAUCGCGGAAAGCAUUGUCCAAUCAACAUCGGCCACUAUGGAAUUCGAUUCGACCUGCACGUCGCCAAAUUUUUGUGCAUCGUAUACUGGUCAGGAUCUUCGGCUCGAGGCCGUCGGCCUAAUAUUUGCGCUCGCAGCGCGGUCGUGUCUACUUGGCCAUAGUAGACAUGAUCCAGAGGAUGCAUCCAUACAUACCAUGUUCCGGUGCAGCACAUGCUGCCUACAGAUUGCUCGUGAAAUCGCCCCGCGGGUUAAUGACCCGAUGGUAUGGUUGGCAUAUGAAAAUCUCUUGCUGACGAUGUCAAUACAAGGAGAUGCAAGUGAGUCGCGGAAGAAUAUUGUGUGCGCUCAAAGAUUUAUGCGCCAUGCAUUACUAACAAAAUAUCUUCACACGACAGGUCCCAAUGUAUGGCGUCGGCUAGGUGACCUGGCAACCGAUGUGUAUGCUCUUGGCAUUCAUCGGGAGUCCAGCCACGCUGGCAAGAUACCGUUCUUUCUCUCCGAGUGUCGACGUAGAACAUUUGCCGCGGCCUAUCAUGUUGAUAAGUUAGUUUGCACAUUCUUUGAAAGACCUCCGAGAAUACUGAGGCGCUUCUCUGAUUGUAAAAUGCCGCUAGACCUCCUCGAUGAUGAGCUUCUAGCAGGUUCAAUCAAAGCAGAGCAGGCAGGAUUUCAACUGGACUCGGAGGGAUGGAGUUCUACAGCUCGCUUCGCUAGUUCAACUUGGGCGAGGAUACGUUACGUCCUCGGCGUUUUCCGAGAAGAGAUUCUAGAGUUUCCAUUUCGUCAAUUCACGGCUGAGAACAAAGCCAAGCUGAUGCAAGUAUCCUGGGAUGAGAGAUGUCAGCAAUCAUGGAAGUCAUUGCCGGAGCACCUCAAGUACACACAUGAGUGCUGGACAUCAGAUCUGGAGGCUACCGUCUGCCUGAUGCUCACUAUUGUGUAUCUGUCACAUCUACAGAACGAGUUUCAGAUAUAUCGCCUCCUUGAGAGGAGCACACGAAGUCCUUCUCCAGAAUUACUUACUGUUUCAGCAGAGAUCGUCGCAGUCGUUGUACAGCUGGGUAAAUCGCGCGAUAAAGCAAUGCUUCUGAGGCACGACUUCCCUAACAUCGUCGUCAAUUACGGUCUUCCCAGCGCCGCCACAUUGGUGGCAGCCGUGCAAAACGGGGCUAGAACUCGGACUCAGCCAUUGCCACACAGCCUGAGUCGUUCUGCGGUGAUCCGAAGCCUUAUGGUAUUCACUUCGUAUCUUGAGAGUAUCGGCGAUGUGGGUGAGACAAUAAAAAAAACAUGUUUGCAAGCCGCACAAUCAAUAUCUCACACCGUGGAUCGUAUGCUCGACGAGCCACCUUUCUUGUCUGGCAUGACGCCAGAUAUGACCCUCCCUGCGUCGAUGUCUUGCGAUGAUCCUGAAACGCCCUUUUCGCCUUCGCAAUUCAUGCAAACAGGACCUGAUAUCACCGGAUUUGCAAACUGUGACUUCCUCGAUCGCAAUACAUUAGACAGCUUUGAUCUUUCUCGGUGGUUGAAUAAUACUGCGUGGACAGGCAUGUAG